GUUAUAUUUUUGAUGUCAUAUAUAGGCUUCCCUACAGGGGUUACAGGGGUGUCAAUACCUUAUCAGCUGGCACAAACUGGAUUCUUGUUAGCAAAUUAGGGCGAAAGUAAAGCAAGUUGUGCUGAGAAUUGGUCUGUCGAAAUUGAUUAAAGCGUAGUAAAAGAGAAGCAAGCACUCGAUACAUCUUUAUUGUGGAAAUCAAAACAACUGGCCUCGUAUUCAAUCAUAUGGAGAGUUCGAAGGCAGGAGGAGAAAAUGACGGAAGGUAAUGAAAUUGAGAAGUGCAAGGAAGAUGCUCUUAACUGUGCUGCCAAGUAUGUGGCAAAUUUGCUCCAGAGACCAGACCAGCUAGACAAGGUAGAGCAAAUCAGAAGAAGAGUUUUACGAACAAAGGCAUCAGUAGAUUCAAGGUUGAAGACAGCUGUUCAAUCACAGUUAGAUGGAAUUCGAUCAGGAUUAAAUGAACUGAAAAGUGCUGUUGGUGAGAUAGGUGAAGUAAAAGAAUGGAUUCAGGAACUGGAUGGUGCAUUUGAUGAGAGUAGUGUUCUUAACAAGCAUUUGUCUGAAUUAAGGUUGCAGCAGUCUCGACAUGCUCAGCUGGCAAAGACAAAUGAGCAUUUGAAGCAGAUUUUCAAUGUGCCAGAAACUGUGGAGAAGACGCGAAGUAUGAUUUUGGAAGGAAAUUAUCUUCAAGCACACAAAAACCUUAUGGAACUCGAAGCAACACGAGAUGAGAUAUUGUUUGAAGUCCACCAGCAGAAGAUUGAGCAAGGAAUUGAGUUCUUGGAAUCCGAGCCACUAGAUUUGUAUUUUUCAAGAGUCGGGGGAUUAUCGGAUUUACUAGCCAAGCAGCUAUGGACGGUAAUAUCGCAGACACUGAGUGCUGCGAGAAGCAAUCCUACACAGAUUGUAACAGCGUUGAGAAUUAUAGAAAGAGAGGAAAGGUCAGACAGAAGAGCUCUAGAGCAACAAAAGAAAACCAAUUUUUUGCCUGCUACGAGGCCAAAAGUAUGGAAAAGUCGUUGCAUGGCAGUAAUAAGAAAGUCUGUCGAUAACAGGUUUGAGAGUAACCAACUGGAGCUAGACCGACGGACAGACAAAAUGUGGCUUGUCCGACACCUUGAAAGAAUGAGAGCUUUCAUCCUGGAGGACCUCGUCACUGUCAAGGAGCUAGUCCGGCCUUGCUUUCCUGCGACUUACGAAAUAUUCAAAGAAUACGCAAAAAUUUACCACGAGGCAACAUCAAGAACGCUAGAAGAUUUGGCAAUGGCUCGAAAUGAUCCGAGUGAAUGUAUAACACUGCUCACUUGGAUAAAAGAUUAUUAUGGAGAAGAACUAAUGGGCAACGAUGAAUUUGCAGUUGAUCAAAUUGAUUUCAACCUCCAAGAGGAGCUUGGCCCUCUACUUAGCAGAUCAGUCUUGGAGUCUCUAAAUGAUACCUACUUGAAGACGACAGAGCGCAACAUGCAAAGUUGGUUGUCGAAAAUGGUUGAAACAGAGUCGCAGGAUUGGCUUGUGGAUAAGCCUCCAGAAACAGAUGUCGAUGGAUAUUAUCAAACAUCGCUACCAAUCAUUCUGUUUCAAAUGCUGGACCAGAAUCUACAAGUUGCUGCACAAAUUGAGAAAGGAAUGGAAAUUAAAGUUUUGGACGCUUGCAUAACUGCUCUUAUUGACUUUACCAUAGAAUUGCAAAAUGCAAUUAAGUGUUAUAAAGAAAAGCAUUUUGGAAACAGAAGUAUUUUACAAUACUUUGAAGCCUACAUGAUUGCAAUCAUCAAUAAUUGUCAGUCGAUCACUGUGUUUGGAGAACAGAUGAAGAAUCAGAAAAGGGCAGAGCUUUCUAGUGCAUUUGGUGAGACAAGACUUAAGAACUUCGAAGAAGUAAUCGUUGCUUUCCAAAGACUCGGCGAGGAGGCUUGCACUCUGCUUUUGGAUGGAGCUCUAAUCGACUUGCAAGAGUUUUUCACAGAUCUCAUGACCAAAAAAUGGUUAAAGUCAAAUGUUGCCGUAGACACCAUGGUACUGACGUUUGAAGAUUACAAUCGCGAUUAUGUCCAUUUGAAGCCGUCGUAUGCCAAAUUCAUUAUGGAGAAGGCUGAAGAAAAAUUAGUUAUUGAAUACGUAAAAGCAAUCAUGUCAAGGAGGAUAACGUUUCGAUCAUUUGAAGAGAGAAAGGAUGCAGGAAACCAAAUAAUCGAAGAAGCAAAUAAAAUUGCAGAAGCAUUCACCAGGCUGGCAAAGCUGCCGCCACUUGAUGAUUCGCCAUGUUGUGUACUGGCUAUGAUGGCUGAAGUUUUGAAAGUCAAAGAUUCUGCUAUCGUUUCGUUAGAGAUAUCUGGAUUGGCUGAGAAGUAUCCUGAUUUCCGCGCGGAGCAUGCGCUUGCAUUACUGUCAUUACGCGGAGACAUGGGACGGACUGAGUCCAAACAGAUGGUUUCAGAUCUAAAGAUAAGGGAAACAAGUGAAGUUAGUGACAAUCCUGAUGGUUCUCCUGCAGGCAUUUUUGGUCAAAUCAUGGUCGCAGCAACAGUCCUUGAUAAGUUGGAGUCGAAGAUACCUGCACGAAAGUGAGGUAUUUCACCAGAAUAGAAAGUUGUCAAGAAAAUUGGAUGCUGAAUUAUAGUUAUAAGCAAUAAGAACCAUAGACAUUCUGUUUAUGUUCCUGUUUUUGAAGCGAAGCUGUAAUCAGCGCAUCAUACUUAUCAAUGUAUAAACAGUGGCGGAUUUAAGGGGGGGGCAACUAGGGGCAGUUUCUCCUCUCUCGACGAGUUGAAGCAAGUCUAGCACCCCUUUUUUGGAAAUUGUGCGCCCCUUUUGAAGGAUGAGAAUCAGGUGAAAUAGUUUCUGAGACUGAUAGGUUAAUUUGCUUAGAAGAUUUUCUUGAAGUUAUAUUGUUUAUUCCGAAAAUGGAUCUGAAAUUGUUGAAUACAGCGUACUCUCGUCAUCAAUUUUUGAAAAUUUGUCAGCGCCCCCACUACCAACUGCCCCUCCUUAAAGUUUGCUCUGGAUCUGCCCCUGUGUAUAAAUAACGAUGAUGUGUAUAAAGAGAGUACCUUUCACCCGAUAUUGGGUUAAGUGUACUAAUGAGCAACCCGUUGCAUUUGAUUUGUCUAGUUUUCAAGUUACAACUACCGUAAAUCCUCGAAUAAGGCCCCACCCUCGAAUAAGCACCCUCCUGGAAUAAGCCCUUACCCCAAAUUUUUUUUCCAAAUAAACCCCCGGGAGCCUAGUCUAGAACUUGCGGUAAAUACAAUUUUAUAUAAUUGACAAAAUAAACUUUUUGGCAAAUGCUAAACUCAAAAAGCACUGGUCGCGGGUCCACUUUCAAACAAGCAUGUCAUAUGCGAAACACCAUACACAGUGACCUAUAAAAAAGACUGGAUCAAGCUUCUUAAUGUCUUGAAAAAUCAAAGUUUAAGUCCCGCUCACUUUCAAAGAAAGAGGACAAAUAACAGGAGCCACUCUUCCAAACCAGUGCUUGAAUAAUAUAGAUAAGCAAGAAACGCAAUGCUGUUUAUGUGAGUGCAGAAUAAGGAAACGGCCAAAACAAAUGAAAACGCUGUUAGGAGUGAUAGAGAAGGCCCUUUCAUCGAAUGGGCUGUUUUGGAGCCCUCUUCCUAGAUUGUGAUUCUUUUAUUACAAUAAAAGCUCGAUCCAGUCUUUUUUUGAUCAGUGUAUGCAAAGCCCUAAAUUGUAGGGUAGCCCGAGCACAAUGUAGGUACCAUUCUUAUUCAUCAAAAGGUCCUAGGAAUUUUACUUUAAAGCCAACUUUUUGUGUUAAGAUAUUUGUAAAUGACUCAAUGUCCGUAUGAUUUUGUCUUAAGUGAUGUUCUGACCAAUUUUUGUCUUGCCUUGUAUCGAUUUAAUUUUGAAAAUAAUUGCAGAGUAUGAUUUUGUACAAAUUUUAUAAAUUAGUAAAAAAAAUUUGUCCGUUAUUUUCUUUUA